AUGAGCGUCAUACACGAAGAUCUUCACGUAUCAGGUACUGGCUCAAGCCUUCGUGAACAACCCAUCGAACAAUUUUCGAGCAUUGCUUGUGUGCAGUGCCGAAAAGGACACAGAAAGUGUGAUAAACGUUUACCAAACUGUAGCAAUUGCAAGCGACUUGGAAAAGAAUGCUCGUAUAGGUCUCCAAAGAAGAGAGGACCACAACCAAAGAAGGGCGAGAACGAGAAUCCACUUGCACUCCCUGAAAUGGGUCAUGAUCACGAAGACGACAUUGGUGAAGAUGAUCAAUCCCAUUCUCACUCACAUCAAAGAAAGAGAAAACAAUCAGAGUUUCAACAUGAUGAUCAAUUCGAUUCUGACUUUGUUACUCCCGGAGCUUCAAACAAUAUUUCACCUCAGAGCGGUGACACUCAUGCUUCUUCUCUUGUACCAACAACGAAUAGCCACAUUGAUCAUUCCUCGACGAGACUGUCCGAAGAAUACAUUAAGAAGCUUUGCUUUGAUGUUUACAAGGAAAUUGUUGGGGACUGCCUUCCAGCUGCACAAAAGACAAAGAUGGACAAACUCAUGAAUCACUCUCUCUCUGGUAACAACAUUGUAACUGGUGCUGUCAAGAAGAAGAAGCUUAUGAACGAAAUUGAUGUUCCAGACUUGGCUCUUCUGUAUGCAUUGCAAUCUGUUUGCUUCCAAAGAAUUGGCCAACAUGACCUCUCGAAACAACUCUAUCAACGAUCAAGACAGACCGUAUCUACAGUGUUUGACAACAUUACAGACUUUAAUGUUGUUUGUUCGUACGCCUACUUGUCGAGUUACUUGGUUGGAGAGGGAGAUUUCUUGGGAGCUAAAUUCUAUCUCAACUCAGUUCUCUUCUAUCUUGAACAGCAAAAACACAACACAAGCGAAUCUGAUGCAGCAUUCUUAAAGAGCUUAACAACGGUCAUCCAUUUGGCAAUGGAAGAGGAUAAGUCUCAAGUUUGUUUCCUUCUUAAUAGACUUCUCUCACUCAUCAUUACCAAGCAUCCAGAGCUGAAUAUUGAGGCAUCAGAGAAUAGAUUUUUAAUUUGUGAAGAGGAACUUUCAGAGAAGAUGAGAAAAUUGGAUCUAUUAACCAACUCUUUGAGCACGUCAUGCACCGACACCUUGUGCUCGUCGAAGAAGGAUCUCAGCAAAAUUGUCUACCUCAUGUAUUUGGACACGAUGAGAAUCAAGGUUUUGGAAAAACACGGAAUGAAAGAUUCGAUACAUGUUAAAGAGGCAGCCGAUAGAAUUACUUCUCUGACGAGAAUUCCAACAUUUGAAUUGGCUCCUGUUAUUGUUGUGAGGUCUAUUGCCGUUGCUGCUCGCGUGCACUAUAACUUGAUGGUGAAGGAUCUUUCUGCUUUCCAGGAUGAUAUGUUGGUGCGAUCUCUUAGCGACGACUUGAAAGCCCUCAAGUUGCUUGGUACCAAGUAUGAAGUGGUUAAGACUCGCUUCCAACAACUCAUUCGUGACAUUGAAUUGAUUUUGGAGCAGGUUGAACUGUUUAGACUUCAACGUCACAACUCAUUUAAUAAUGGUCAACCUCAAACCUUUGAAGCAACAGACAUAUUCUCCAUGAUCAAUUCCAAUCCAAACUUUUAUACUCCUUACCUGUUCAGUCAAGAUGCUCUAGGAAAUACUGUCGACCAAAACAUUUCGCAGAUACUCAAUAAUGAACAACAACCUAAUCAACCACAACAUCCCCAUCAACCAACAGAGGACAUGUUCUUACCACCAUUUGAUGCAUUUGGAGUCAUGGCAGAUCAUAUCAAUCUUGCCAAUACCUCGGCACAGCAAAACAACCUUGACUUUUUGGACUCUCUUAAUGUCCCUUCAAAUCUUCCGAUCAAACACAUGUUGACCCUUUGCAUUGCUGGAGUGACCACGGUGGCGAGUGUUCUCAUUUGGCACUAUCUUUUCAAUUACGAACAAGCACGUCUGCGUUACAAUGACCAAUCCGAGUCAUGCAAGGAAUUGCUUGUAGAAAUUCCGAUCCUGUCUUCCGAUCCGAAACACAACACGACACAAGUGGGAGACUAUCGAGUGCCUCACCUUGCCUAUAAGUAUCGUUAUCCUCUUCUGAUUGGCAAUUUUUCUCUUCUCCAUGAUGUCAUACCUAAUCUAUUUCUUCCACUUCGUAAUUUAUUAUUUCCAAAUUUUUCACCAUUACAUUUUGAAACAAAAUUUUUCACAGAUUUCGAUGAUACCUUGGAGGACAUUUGUUUGGAUUUUUUGAGGGAUCAUUCACCACAGUCAGUCUCUCAUCAUUCUGCUAAACCUGUGAUUUUAAUAUUUCCUGGAAUUACUGGAAGUUCUGAAUCCUAUUAUGUUCAAUCCUUAAUAAGAACCAUUCAGAAAAAUUACUCAUCGUCUUGCCCUUAUCACAUUGUGGUCUAUAAUCGACCUGGUUGUCAUUCCCUUCAAAAUUCCAAAUUGAGAAAAGCAAAAUUCUUUUUAAAUUCACACAAAAAAACAGUCGAACGAGUCAUUGACAUUGUUUCUCAAGAAUUUCCAAAUUCGAACAUUCUACUAGUUGGAUACAGUGCAGGUGGAGUUGGUAUUACCAAACAAUUGGGAUCCAAGAAAGUGAAAAAGAAUACUCGAGUCAUUGGAGCCAUCACAAUUUCACAACCGUUUGACAUGGUUGAGACAUUGAAAACAUUGGAACGAAAUAAGGCCUAUAACAAAUUUUUGGUGACUUUUAUUUUGGAAGUGUUCAAGAAGAAUCGAGAAUUGUUGGAAGGAGCCAUUCCUGCACAGGAUUUACAAAGUUUGGACAAGUGUAAAACCAUUGAUGAAAUUGAUACAAAACUGACAAAACCACUACACGGUUUGAGAGAUGUCACUUUGGACUUUUACAAUAAGAGAUCCACCUUUAUGAAACAUUUACAAAGAAUUUCAGGAGAGAAGAUGUUGCAUCGUGUGAAAACAACUCAGAAUGAAUUGGGAGAAAAUGUUUAUUAUGAGGAAGAGAAAGAAGGAGCUUACGAUUCUUCUUCAAAAGGCGGUGAAACUGAAAAAACCUAUCAUGCUCCAGUGUUUAUCAUGCUUUCCAAGGAUGAUCAAAUCAUUGCUUACAAUUCAGCUAAAUUGAGUUCCAUUGUGCACGCGAAGGGAGCUGAAAAUUUGUAUGUCAUUGAAACUCAACAUGGAGGACAUUGUUCGUUUUUUGAACAAUUUUCUUGGUGGCUUCCUGGUGCACUCAGUUUCUCAGAAACUUUUGCUGAUAAGGUAGUCAUGCAAACUUUGGCAGGAAUAGUCAAACAUCAUCAAAAAUUUGUCGAGAGGAAGCAAUGA